AUGACGAGCUUGAUCACUUACGUCAAUGACAAUGAGGGACGCCUUGGCCCGACCAGAACAGAAGAGGACGAACUCGUAAGGCUCGAAUCGGACGUUCGAUCGUUCGAGCAGUGUUUGAUCCAAGCUCUCAUGGACCCUCUCGAUCAACAGAGUCUGGCUGCUGUCUACCUCUCAUCGAUGAAGUUAUUGCCCUACAUCAACAACCCGACAACGUGCGAGACACGUGGCCCUCGAGCAGCUCAUCGAAAAUACUUAAUCGAUCGGGUAUUUCUUCUGCUACUCACUCUCCAUCACCCCGAUUGUACGUUGGGAAAAUCUAAACAGAAAUUCAAGCCAUCCUCCUCAUCAGCAUCCAGUAAAUCCACCCGACCUGCAUCGGAAGGUCCACUUCCCAGAGACUGGCUCCUCGGAAUCCUAGCACAAGCCGUCCGUCAGAAAUGA